CUCGCCGCCGCUGCACCACCACUCCCCCACACCAGGCACCAGUCCACACUCCCCACCGCGUGGCGAGCGAGUGACCGGGCUCCCUGUCCUCCGCUCCACUCCCGCCGCGCGCGCUGGUCCGGGCGAGCCUGGGCUGGGUCUGCUCUGGCUCUCGGUUGAUGCAGCAGCGGGGCCUCGCCCACAACCGCCGCUCCCGCGGCUUCUCCCGCUCCCGCCUCGCCGUCGAGGGCGCCUAAACGCACGAAUCCCCCCAACGCGGCGCUCACCCCCAACAAAAAAAAAAACAAAGCUUUCUAUUAACUGGAGAACGAAAGAGAACAGAGAAAACACCGUCGAGAUGGACGCCGCCGGCCGCGCCCCCGUGAUGGCCGUCGCGAAUGGGAUCGGCGAGGUGGAGCGGAAGGUGCAGAAGAGCUACUGGGAGGAGCACUCCAAGGACCUCACCGUCGAGUCCAUGAUGCUCGACUCCCGCGCCGCCGACCUCGACAAGGAGGAGCGCCCCGAGAUCCUGUCGUUGCUUCCAUCCUACAAAGGGAAAUCAGUUCUAGAGCUUGGUGCUGGAAUAGGACGCUUUACUGGAGAUCUGGCAAAAGAAGCUGGGCACAUUCUAGCACUGGAUUUUAUAGAAAGUGUGAUUAAGAAGAAUGAAAGCAUAAAUGGACACAACAAGAACAUAACUUUCAUGUGUGCUGAUGUAACAUCUCCUGACUUGAAGAUUGAAGACAACUCCUUUGAUCUGAUAUUUUCAAACUGGCUAUUAAUGUACCUUUCAGAUGAGGAGGUUGAGAAGCUUGUGGGGAAAAUGGUAAAAUGGUUAAAGGUAGGUGGCCAUAUAUUCUUUAGAGAAUCAUGUUUUCACCAAUCUGGAGAUUCGAAAAGAAAAGUGAACCCAACACACUACAGAGAACCAAGGUUUUAUACUAAGGUAUUUAAAGAGGGCCAUUCAUAUGAUAAAAGUGGAAAUUCUUUUGAACUUUCUCUAGUGACUUGUAAGUGUAUUGGGGCUUAUGUCAAAAAUAAGAAGAAUCAAAACCAGAUUUGUUGGUUAUGGGAAAAGGUAAAAUCAACAGAAGACAGAGAUUUUCAAAGAUUCCUGGACAACGUGCAAUACAAAACUAGUGGAAUCCUACGUUAUGAGCGUAUCUUUGGUGAAGGUUAUGUGAGCACUGGUGGAGUCGAGACUACUAAGGAAUUCGUGGGUAUGCUGGAUCUUAAACCUGGCCAGAAAGUACUUGAUGUUGGAUGUGGAAUUGGAGGAGGCGACUUUUAUAUGGCUGAGAACUAUGACGUUCAUGUUCUUGGUAUUGAUCUUUCCAUUAACAUGGUUUCAUUUGCAAUUGAACGUGCCAUUGGACGCAAGUGCUCGGUUGAGUUUGAGGUUGCUGAUUGCACCACAAAGGAUUACCCGGAAAAUAGUUUUGACGUUAUCUACAGCCGUGACACCAUCCUUCACAUACAAGACAAGCCUGCUUUGUUCAGAAGCUUCUUCAAAUGGCUGAAACCCGGUGGCAAAGUCCUAAUCAGUGACUACUGUAAGAAUCCUGGGAAACCAUCAGAAGAAUUUGCUGCGUACAUUAGGCAGAGAGGUUAUGACCUUCAUGAUGUGAAGGCUUAUGGGCAGAUGCUUGAGAAUGCUGGUUUUCAUGACGUCAUCGCGGAAGACCGCACUGAACAGUUCCUUAGUGUUCUACGGAGGGAGCUAGCUGAGGUUGAAAAGAACAAAGAGGCUUUCCUAGCAGACUUCAGCCAGGAGGACUACGACGACAUCGUGAACGGCUGGAACGCGAAGCUGAAACGGAGCUCUGCCGGUGAGCAGAGGUGGGGUCUGUUCAUUGCUACCAAGUGAUUCAGCCUGCCUGGCACCGGAUGGGGCUCUAUCUUCCGAAUAAGAAUGGCUGUGGUUGUGGCUUCUGCUUCUAGAUCGGUGAUUCGGCCUAGAAGUAGAGGAUCUUCAGAAUAAAAAUGGGUGCUGCUCGUGUUGUUGUUGUUGUUGUUGUUGUUGUGUCUACGCUACUAGAACAUCAGUUAGGUGAUCUGUGCUGUGCAACCAGGGUUACAGAACGCGUGCUGCGCGUUCCAGUUCAUGUGGUGCGUGUACUGCGAGCUACUAUUAUCAGAGAGUCGAUUUCACCGGGAUCCCCUGUGCUCAAUUCAGACGUGCUUUGCUA